CCCUUUAAAUGACGAGCCCUAUGCGGCCCCAUAAAUUUAUGAACUGAUACAAUAACGUUGAGAGAAAAAAAUCACUACUCAACGGAGAUGAGAAGCCAUGAAAUUGCAACCCAAACACCACUUGUGUUUUCUACCACAUAGGACUUGCUCCGUCUACAAUUUUUCUUCCUGGUUUGACCAUGCACGCAUUUUGACUAUACAUAACAUGCUCUUGGCACGUUGGUUGAGUGCCGCCAUUGCAUCAUUCCAAACUCCACAUCAGCCAUUGCGGAAAUUCCAAUUAUGUCCUCUCAUCAAUCAACGACGUCAAGCAUUUGAGUCCCGAGACCAACACAUUGAAGCACAUACAUUAUACAUCUUUUCACUCUUGAAAUAACAACUCAAUUUGUUCGGAUCCAGUAGAGGAAGAUGAUGAAGGCCACACAAUGGGCAAGGGAGUAUGAGAGUGGAGGGGAAUGAAUUAGAGAUAAUGAUAAAAACGACAAUUUAUUGUUCUUUUGCCAAAAAAGAAAAUCGGGAAAAAAUUUAUUAAUAGACGCAAAAAGGAUGAAUUAAAUACACAUUGUCGAGAUCAAGGCAAAUUAGAGAAUUGUAUGGUUGGGAUGUAUCAAAAAAAAAGUAGUGCGACAGAAUAUCAUACACAAACCUAUAUCAUUUAAGACAAAAAAAUGAGAAAUUUUAGAUAAUCUAACUUAAGCCACUACUUUUUGUGCAGCGAGCUUCAUCAAAGUUAAUAUUGGAAUUUGAUUUAAUACUGAAAAUAGGAAUCAAUAUUUUAAAAAAUGUAAAAUAAAAAUAUGUAAAGAUCUGUACUGCAAGACGUAGUUAAAAAAAUAUGGAGCAUACAUGUUUGUCAAAAAUGUGAUUCUUUCAAAUUUGUUUUUAUUUUGGGUGCACUGCCACUUCCAAGUAAUGCUUUGGGAAAUGCUAUGUAAAAAAGAUUUGCUAGAAAACUUAUAUUCGAAAACUAAUUUGCAUCAUAUUUUAUGUUUUCAAUUAAAAAAACAUGAUAAACAAGUUAGUGUGGUUGAUCAAACAAUAAAACAGAACGAAUAGUACGACCAAAGUUAAUCAAACCACAGAACAGAUUGAAUAGUACAAGCAAAGUAGGUCAAAAACCAGAAAACAGAAUGAACAGUAAAACCAAAGUUGAUCAAACCAUAAAACAGAUUGAAUAGUAUGACCAUGUUUGAAUUUUUUCAGAGGUUAGUGAAAUAAGACAGUUGGUUUGACGUAGAGAGUAUAGAUUUGAGUGUGUUCUUUUUUUCUUAAAAGGGGAAAAGUCAUUUCCCCUCAAACUAUAGUAGUGGUAGAGAAGUGCGGUGCGGGCAUAAAAGUUUUUGUGAAAGCUCUCUUGUACUAAUAGGCAAAAAGAAGAUGAGACAAGGCACACAUCCAAUUCUACCUUAGAGAGUGCAAUGCUAGAGACAUAGGUAAUCUUACAAGUUCUCCAUGGUGUUGACAACUUGUUGCACUUCAAAUUGUCCUCUGCUCCAUAGAGACUAGCACAUAGAAGUACUAGAACAGAAUAUAGAAAUGUGAAAUCAGCCCGAAAGCACUUGUAGGUUCAAAAGAGGAAGAAAAAAUGGUAGGAAGUUGUUAAAGAAAUGUGAAACACUGAUGCGGUGGUCAUGAUGUGGGUUUUGAAUUGAUGUCCCAAACAAACAAGCAGGAGUCAGAGAGUUGAUUGAAAUAAUUUUUAACAAAAUAUACUCCUGGAGAAACCUAAAAUGUUUCUUAAUUAUGUGGGUUUUGAAUUGAUGCAUUUUGAUUUUUGAAUACUAGAAGUCAGGUCAUUAAACAUGGUGUUAAUAAGAGCAUCUUCUUUCCUGGGCUAGGCUGGAAAUGGGGUUUGACAUGGUAAUUUUUAAACAAAGGUAGAUAAAAUUAUCCACUGAAAAAUUUAGGUGUGCCCAAGGAAUGGAGAGAAAUAGAAGAGAGCAGGCAAAAGUUACCUGCAACAUCAGAGGUUAGAAGAUACAAAGGAAAUACAGAGUAAAUUAGAAUGUAAAUCCUGCUGUAUAAAAAUUUCUUGAAGUGAUCUCUAUGUGUGUGUACAAGGGGGUACAGCAGUGAAAAAAACCAAAUGAUCACAUGUUAAAUUUGCAAAACUACAAAUUGAACAUUUCAUUUACACUUUGUUUGGUUCACGGAAUUUGAAAGGGAAAAGAAAAGCAAAUGAAGUGGAAAACAGUAUUUACUUGUUUGGUUAGAGGGGGAAAGAAAGGAGAAGUGGAAGG